AGAUAAUAACCUAAGAUGAUCCCUCUUCUAUGUAGUUAAUCUAAUUGUUUAGUUUAUUAUCUAUAUAUAUCUAAUCGCUAAUUGCUAAUUCUAUAGAUUAUUGCAUAGUAGCAUACUUAAUACUAGUUCAUUUAAAAUUUUUAUCUCAAAUUAAUUUAGAAAAUAUUAAAUUAUUUCAUAUAUGCAGGUUAGUACUUCCGCUCUAGGAUAAAAAUAUGUCAACAGAAGUAAGUAAAAAUGUUAAUGAACCUAUUUAUUUAUUUAGGCUUUUGUUAAUUAUUUAAUUUUUACAAUAAUUAGGUCCAUUAAGAUAACGCAUAAAAUUGUAAUAAAUUAACAUUAACUUAACUAUUAAAUUGAUUAAAUAAUUUAAACAUAAUAGGAAUAUAAUAUAGUGGUCAAAGAUUGAUGGGAAUUGAGAUAUUAAUUAAUACUGCUAAUUUAAAUGUAUGUAUUGUAUUCAUUAAAAAUAUAUUUAUUUUGAUAGCAUUUAAACAUUUAAAUAUUUAACAAGCACAAUCAUCUAACAGUUUAUGUAUAUAGGUUUUAUUCGAUAUAAGGUUCAUUAGAUGAUAUUUUCUUAUCCUUAUACGUAUUCUUAUUGUUGUAAAUUUCUGAUAGUAAUUCUCAUUCGUUAUCAGUUAUUAGUGCCUAAAAAGUGGGAUAUUUAUUUUAAUAUUAAAUUUUUGUUUUAGCAUGUUGAACACAAAAAAACCGUAUCAUUGGAUUUAAAUUAUAAAGGAAAAGAUGAACAAUCAACAAAUUAUUGUAAAACACCUGUAGAUAACACAAUUUCUUCAAACAGUUUAAAUGUAUGUAAUACAAAUGGAAAAGAUAAAUCAUCUACAAUGAUGUUGAGUGUUAACGAUACUAGUGAUGGUAAAUUAAUUGAAUCUAAUAGUUCAAGUGGAUUAAAUAAGGUAGAAUGUGAAUUUUUGGUGAAUUUACUAGGUAGAGAAAAUUUAGAAAAUGUUUAUUGUGAUAGUGAAGAUGUUAACAAAAUUGCGGAAAUAGUAAAAAAAAAUCUGAAGAACAUUGAACCCUCAACUAUAGGCACAAUAGAAAUAAAUACACAACAAUUUAUAGAUCUAAAUUUAUUUAGAGCUGCCGAAGAACUACAUCAAUUAGUUUCUAAAAACAAAGAUGUUGAAAUAAUAGAUGAUUCUAACAUUUCAGACAGUUCAGCUACUAAACAAUCAUCUGUAACUCAAAAUCAACAUAAAAGUAUCUCAACUGAUAACUUUACUACUAACAUUAAAUUUGAAUCAUCUAAUCAAGAUCUUCAAUUAUAUACACAAGAUCAAGAUCCUGACUUAAUUGUUUUUAAAGAAAUGUGUGAAGAACUGUCAAAAAUUAAAGAAUGUGAAAAAGUAAUAGAAAAAGGUUCAAAUUUACUCCCAGUACAAGACAAUACAAUGAAGCAAAUUAAUAUUAACCAAGUAAAUGUCAAUGUAAUAUGCUGUUCGAAUUGUACAAAAUAUGUACCCAGUACAAGUAAAGACAAUUCUUCUAUUAAUUUUAACAUUUUUAAAGAUAAUAAUACUAUAAAAGGUUUACCAAUUACAAAAGAUAAAUGUGAAAACCAAACCAAAUCGUUUGAAAAUUUAAACACAUUAUCAUAUAAACAUCAGCAUAAAAAAUUUAAAACCAAUACUUCAAAAAAUAUUUUAAAAAUUAAUUCUGAAUCACAUUUAAAUAACAUUGUAAAUAAAUCUAGUCCUUCAAAUAAAAUAGGUUUAUUUAAUUUAUCAUCGUCUGAAGACAAAGAAUAUUGUGCAUUAUCUGAAAAUAUUAAACGUAAGAAGAAUAAUAUUGAUUCAUUAAUACCAAAUAAAUGUAAAAAGAAAAUACAUCCAACAUUUUAUUCUUCUGCUAGUGGAAUAAUUCACAAAGAUAUGCUAGUACAGAUUAAUUCUAAAUCACAUUCAGAUAACAUUGUAAAUAAACCUGAUGUUUCAAAUACACUUGAUUUAAUCCCUUUGACAUCCUCUGACGACGAAGACUUUGUAUCAAAUGAAUAUUUAUAUAAGAGAUCAUUAAUAGAAAACAAAUAUUCCAAAAAAAUAGAACCAAUAUUUUGUUGUUCUCCUUAUGGAAUAAUUCAUGAAGAUAUGUUAAAUCAAAUAAACAAUAGAAAAUAGUGUUAUUAGAACAUAUUAAAAUUUAUUGGUUGACGUAUCAAUUAAAAUCUUGUAAACUUAUAUUUAAUAUGUUGAAUUUAUAAAUAAACUUAAUAUUAUAACUAAAAUAUUAUUGUAUUAUUAAAAUCUAAACUUUAUUAAAAUUGAGUAAUUUAAAUGUUUAUAAUUAAUCAAUAUAUUGUAACAUUUUAAUGUAAUACAGCUC